UGAACUAACAAUGACAACUAACAGACAUAUUUUUAAGUUAAAGUCUUUACCGAAAGGAAAGAUAUUUAGAAAAUUGUGUAUUUAUUACAUUUAUUUUAUCACCCUGUCCCUGUAAAAUAAAAACUGGACCGUUUACCUAAUAUAUUGACACUUAGGUGUAGCGUACUACUAAUUAGGCAACCAACUAAACGUUAUUGUAUUGUGUUUUGCCACAUCUAGACGGUUAAUCAAGUCAAAAAUGUCAAAAUCAUAUGAUUUGUUAACCUAAAAACAAAACAAGAAAAUUCUAAACAAAUUUAGAAAUAAUUGCUUUAUUAUUAAUCGUAAUGUUUCUUUUUUAAGUGAACCAGAUGAAUCAAGAAUAACAAUGGAUCAAUCUUUAGAAAUUAGAAAGUUGCUGCCGAGUCAAAUUAGAGAAUUAGCUUCUAUUUUGGAAACUCAUGAAUUAUGGAAACGUUUAAUGACUAUAAUACCGAAAACUCUUGAUAAAUAUGACUUCCAAUGUGAUAUAACUGCUCAUAAUCAUCCUAAAUAUAAUUCUGAACAUUUUAGAUUGAUUGAAAGUGAAUCUGAAAAAUCAAGAAGAACUUGUACAGAAAUUCUUUUUGACGAAUGGGGCACCUCAGGUAGAAACCGUCCGGCUUUGGGUCAUCUAUUGCAUCUUUUAACGAAAGCAAAUUUGUUUAGAGCUGCAGAUUAUGUAGCUGUAGAUCUUUUGCACCAAGAGAAACCAAAAAGACCUGAUAUCGGCCCAGAAGCGGAAAUUCCUGUUAAUUUAAGUGACAUUAUUAAAACAUCUGAUGAUGAAUUUGAAAAGGUUUUAGAUGAUAUUGAUUAUGUAUCUGAUGCUGUGAAAUUAAUUCGAACUUAUUCAGACAAAACUGCAAAGGUACUCAACAAAAUUCCACAAAUUGUAAUUACCCCAGAUAUAGAUGAAAAUAUUAAUAUUCCGAAAUUUAGUGUUCCUGUUGUUGUACAAAAGACGAAAUCAACUGAAGAAGUUUCAGAUAUGAUGAAAUUUUCAACGACACAAAUAAAAAGUUCAGAAAUUCCAGUAUGUGUAAAUGAAAUUUCUACUAAUAAUUUUAAUUCACAAACUAAUAAUAAUGUUGAGGACAAUAAUAUUAAUACACAGGAUUUAAAUAUGCCCAAUCUUUCAUUAAUUUUGGGAAAAGGGACUGUGGCUGUAACAGAAGAAACUGGUGAAUGUAUUUCAGAAUCGACUGUGUUCAGUUCAAAAUCAACUGUGUCCAAUUCAGAAUCAACUAUGUCCAGUUCAGAGAGUAACUGUGACACAUCACAAAUUUCAGAUAGUAACUGUGAAAGUUCGCAAAUUUCAGAGAGUACAACAAAUCCAAUUUCUGCUGUGAGUGAUAAUAAUCCAGCCUUUAGCCAAAUUAUGGAACAACCUGUUACAGUAAAUACAAACGUACCAAACCUUUCAAUUUUGAAUUUAGAACCAAAAGUAGUUUUGACCCAAUCUCAAAUUAAUUCAGAAGAACACAUACCGAACCUUUCGAUUUUGAACUUCGAACCAAAAAUGCUUUCAGAAGAACAGAAUUUAUCAAUUCAAGAAAGUUCGGUUAUUUCCGAAUCAAAUAUGAUUCCAGAUCUUGAUGUACUACAACAACAAAGUGACGAAAUCACAGAAGAUUCCGGUAAUUUACCCGAUUUGAGCGCACUUCAAAUUAGUAAUUUAAACCUGAAUUUAGGAAGUAUAACAUUCAGUAACGCGUCUCAGGCUUCCUCUGAGAACUCGAAAACUCGUUCCUGCUCGUCCCCUUUACCAAAUCUCUCGUUAGAUACCAUGCUGCCUCAUUUUAGCUACCAAAUUUUGGAGCUGGCUACGAACAGUUUUAACACAGACUUGUAUAGAAACGAGGAUUUAAACGGAAGAUUAUUGGGUAAGGGAGAGUUCGGGUCGGUGUUUUUAGCUCCGAAUCUUCUCGGCAAACCUGUAGCUGUCAAAAAGUUGGAUAUCGGAGAUGUUGAAAUUGUUAACGUCGACGAUGAAGUGACCAAGCAAUUUAGAAACGAAGUUGAAGUAUUGAGCAAAUACAAACAUGAAAAUUUGUUAUCUCUUCUGGGUUAUUCUUGUGAUGGGUGCACCUAUUGUUUGCUGUAUGAGUAUAUGCCUGGUGGAGCGCUUCGUGAUAGGCUGCAGGAUGUAAAUAAUCAACUUUUAUGGAAAGAAAGAUUGAAUGUAGCCAUUGGUACUUCCAAGGCUAUAUCUUAUUUGCAUACUGCAUUUUCUUCUCCUCUAAUUCAUAGGGAUAUCAAUUCUGCCAAUAUUCUUCUAGACUCCAACAAUCAGCCAAAGCUAGGCGAUUUUGGUUUAAUAAAACUCAUCCCUAAUCAAAACAUCAACACAGCCACAACCGUUUUUGGAACGUCAGCUUACAUGCCCAGAGAAGCGUUUGGAGGGGAUAUAUCUGUCAAACUGGAUACGUUUAGUUUUGGGGUUGUCCUGUUGGAAUUGUUGACGUCUUUACCACCCAUUGACAAUAACAGAGAUGGUGCAGAUUUGGUGACUCACAUAGGAGAAACUAUCGAAAAUGACGAAAUAGCCUCGAUAAUUGAUUAUAAAGCGGGUUCUUGGAUAGAAAACGCCGUUAAUUAUGCCGCAACAUUGUAUAAAAUAUCGCAAAGUUGUUUGGAAGAGAAGAAAAAGAGACCAACCAUGUUGGAAGUCAAAAUGGUUCUAGAACAAAUGUUUGGAGAAUUACAAUGAAAUGAAAAUGUGAACAAAAAAGGAAACAAGAAAUGACUAGGAUUCGAUAGACAUUUAGUUUGGAGAACCAGAAAAAUAAAGGAUUUUUGUUCAGAAAACUAUUUUUUAUAGAGAAGUAAGUGCCUAAAAGUAUCCAAAUGAAUUGGAAAUUAGUAAUUUUUUCACUGACAAAUUUGAAAUAUUUUAUAAAUCGAAUAAAUAUAUUUGAAUAAGUAUAUCAAAUAAAU